AUGUCGCAGGCCGAGGAUCCUCGUCCCGAGUCCAUCGACGAGCAGGAGCGCGCUCACGCCGCCGGGGGAGACAAGAAAUCCAAAUCCCGCAAACCAGCCAAUACGGCAUUCCGACAACAACGACUGAAAGCAUGGCAACCGAUCUUGACCCCCAAAAGCGUUUUGCCUCUGUUCUUCAUCGUCGGCAUUGUCUUUGCACCCAUCGGAGGAGUGCUGCUCUGGGCGAAUUCCCAGAUUAAAGAAAUUGCCAUCGACUACUCCUGGUGUAGCAUGGACGCGCCGGUGAAUACACGAGCCGACAUUUCCAGCAAUGUGUCCGCGACCUUCAAAACGUCAACCGCCAACAGCAAAUACUACUGGCAACGAUCCGAAACCGACGAGGGUACCCUGUGCUCGCUAUACUUUACAAUCCCCGAAUCGAUGGGGCCCCCGGUGUACAUGUACUACCGUCUUACCAACUUCUACCAGAAUCACCGUCGCUAUGUGCAAUCGCUUGACUUGGAUCAAUUAAAGGGAAAUGUGGUUCCCAACAGCACCAUCUCAGGCGGCACCUGCUCCCCCUUGGAUGUGAACUCCGACGGCGUGGCCUAUUACCCCUGUGGCCUCAUCGCCAACUCCGUUUUUAACGAUACUAUCAACACCCCUGUGCGUCUCGCAGACACCAACCACACCUACAUGAUGACCAAGCAGGGAAUCGCCUGGGACAGCGAUAAAGAGCUCAUCAAGAAGACCCAAUACAAGCCGUGGGAGGUGGUCCCGCCACCCAACUGGAGCCAUUACAAUGGGUCCUACGUGAAAACAGGCAUUCCCGAUUUACACGAGGAUGAGGACUUGAUGGUGUGGAUGCGGACCGCGGGGUUGCCCAACUUUAGCAAAAUGUCGCGCAGGAAUGACACGACCGCGAUGGAGGCGGGCGAUUACCGUCUGGAUAUCCUUGACCGUUUCCCCGUCACCGAGUACGGCGGAACCAAGUCCAUCUUGAUCUCCACUCGCACGGUCAUGGGUGGUAGGAAUCCCUUCAUGGGAAUCGCCUACGUUGUCGUCGGUGGAGUCUGUGUGCUCCUGGGAGCCUUAUUUACGGUUGCCUACUUGAUUCGCCCCCGGAAACUGGGAGAUCACACGUAUUUGACAUGGGAUGCAACCAACCAGCCAGCUACUGCUGUGGCAUCAGGACGGGAUGACCGCAUGCGCGCCAACGCCUAG